UCCUCAAUGCUGCGGGCAUCAGUCGCACCUCAGAGGCCCAAAGACGUGCCGCUGUUGCCUUCCCUUGACUACGAGAAGCUGAAGAAAGACCUAGUGAAUGGAUCAGAUCGACUGAAGGCUUUGCUGCUUCAGGCUUUGCGCUGGAGGUUAACCAGAUCUCUACAUGGUGAGCAAAGGGACACGGUUUUGCAAGCCUUCAUCAGCAAUGAUCUUCUGGAGCGCUACAGUUCCAAACAGAAAACUGUUCUUCAUCUGAUGAAAUCCAAAAAUGAGAUUGUCAGACAGUAUAUGGCACGGCUCAUCAAUGCCUUUGCCUCUUUGUGUGAUGGACGCAUGUACCUGUCUCAGAUACCCUCUUUACUGAGGUUUCUGCUCGACUGUCUGAAGACUGAAGAGAAAGAGUCUGUAACUCGAGAAAAUGUGCUUGCAGCACUGCAGAAACUCAGCCUCAGGCGAGCACAGCAAUCUGCUAUGAUCAGAGACGGUCUGAUUGGCUGGUUGGUCAAAGAGCUCCACGACUCCGACUGUCUGUCUGACUACACGCUUGAAUAUGCCAUCUCCCUCCUCAUGAACCUCUGCCUGCGCACUCAAGGAAAGAAGAAAUGCGCAGAGGAGGCCAAGCAUGUCCUGAAAGUCCUGACGGAGCUCCUGGGACAUGAGAACCAUGAGAUUCGGUACUAUGUGAAUGGAGCUUUAUACAGCAUCCUGUCCAUGCCAGAGAUACGAGAGGAAGCCAAACAGAUGAGUAUGGAGGAGAUCUUACGCUGUUACAGUAAAGAAGAAAAUCCUGAACUCAACAGACAAAUUGAAUUCAUCAUCAAACAGCUUAACUCCGCGGACAUCUCUGAACAUGAACCUGAGUCAGAUGGUGAAGAGGAUGACGAUGACGACGACGAGGAAGAUGUUAUGGAGGCAGACCUAGAUAAAGAGGAAGUCCUGCAGCCUCACCCGAAAGAGCUCAGCGGAGAAUCUUUGCUGGCAACAGAGUAUCUCGGGAUAAUGACCAACAUGGUGAAGAUGAAGAGGAGAUCAUAUCCUCCAUCAUCUCGCAGCAUAGACGAGCCACUCCAGCGGCCCGUUACGCCCAGCUCCCACAAAAACACCAUAGCUGGUGGUGAUGGAGUCUACGCUGUCACCCGACAGAGAAGUGAAGAUAGCCCCACCCACUCUCGCUUUAGUUCCCGCCCACCGACUCGCACUGGCAGCCGCCCCAGCACUGCUGAAUCCAUCCACCAAACCCUGGCCUCCGAUUCGGAAUGCUGGCGUUCCUCUGUGGAAUCAGGACUCACGGGGUCCCCCGAAAGACACGUACUUCAGCCAGGCCAGAACAACACCAAUGGCCACUCGUACAGUGGCCAGAACGUAGGCUUUGCAAGCCAGCCAAAGAUUCCUCGCACCCCUGACAAUGACGCAGGCAGUACUGGCAGGCCUCGUCUUCCCCCGCUGGCCCCCCAGUUCUCCAACAGCGAGCCCCAGCAGAGCAGCAGCAGGCCCGGUUCGUCAGGGGGCUCCGGCGGGUGGCCCAGCCAACAGAGCAGCCAAUCGAAUAGGAAGUGAAACAAGAGAAGCUUUUAGCAGGAGAAGUCAAUCGCCAGAGGAGCAUCCAACUUCCUGUAACAUCAUCCAAGUUUCUUAUCGCGGUCAGGCCGAGGGCCUGUGGAACAAAGCUGAGGAUUGUGGUUUCGGAGGGCCUUUCAGCCCCUGCCACAGAGUGCCUCUGUAACACAACACACACGAGCAAUAAUCACAAGUACUUUCAUCGUCCCACAACCUUCCAAACGCCUGGCGCUCGGCUCCUGCUUUGUUACUCUUGAUCCCCGACCACCCUCGCUCAGCGGAAGCAGCUAGAUUUAAAAUCAUACAAGAAUGAAGGUGUUUUCAGUCAGUCUGAAUUGUGUUUUCCGUGUUGCGCGUGUGAUUUGAUGCCGUUUUAUUGUUGUCACCGUUUUUUUGUGUACGUUUUAGUCGUAAAACUUCAUAUUGACCUGUAGUUGACCUGUAGUGCUGUGUGAAAUAGACCUGAUGGAGGAAGCUAAUGCUGGUAACUUUGACGAUUCAGAUUGAUCUUUACACCUGUAGGUUGCAAUUUUAGGUUUGGUUUGUGCUUUGAAGUGUUUUAAAGUCAUGAAUUGUGAAUAUUUUUCAUAAAAUAUAAUACAUUUUAUACAAAAAUAUCCUGCUGUGUCAUAUUACAAAAUAUAACCA